ACAAACAGGGCGGCGAGUGAUGGCGGCAGCCGCGGGCGGCCCUGAGGUGUCCUGAGCGUCGGCUGUCUGUCCGUCCGUCCGUCCGCCGGGGCUGCGGGCGAGCGGGCAAGCGGCUCUGCCGGGCUCGAGCUGCGGCGCGGCGGACUCGUGGCGGCACACAUGGAUGACAGCAAGGUGGUUGGAGGCAAGGUAAAGAAACCAGGCAAACGAGGUCGUAAACCGGCCAAAAUAGAUCUGAAGGCAAAACUUGAAAGAAGUCGUCAGAGUGCAAGGGAGUGCAGAGCCAGGAAGAAGCUGAGGUACCAGUACCUGGAGGAACUGGUUUCAAGCAGAGAGCGAGCCAUCUGUGCUCUCAGAGAAGAGCUUGAAAUGUACAAGCAGUGGUGCAUGGCAAUGGACCAAGGGAAAAUCCCCUCUGAAAUAAAAGCCCUGCUAACUGGAGAGGAGCAAGGCAAAGCACAGCAGAACUCAACCAAACUUGCUAAGGCUGGGAAGACGGAAGCAAACAGCAGCAAUCCCUUCUUCCCCUGUGAUGCAUCACUGACAGGAGGCCAAUGCAGAACCUUCCGCACUGCAGCAGAGAUACCUCGGUAGCUGGCAGAAGAAUGCUGUUCUGAGGAGUGGAUGCAUCCCCAGAUGCAGGGGCAAGGAUCCCAGUCCGCUGUCUUCUCUUUGCUCCUCCCCACGUGAAACUCUUUUGAUGGUGUUCCUAAGGCUGUGUGGAGUGGGGCUUUUGGGGUAGUAGGUGUUUGUGUAAGUGGAGCAUUGUUCUUUCUUUCGCUACACCACCCUCCCCAAAUACAGCUAUGGCAGCUCUUGGGAAUUCCCUUUACGAAAUGGGGGCUGCUUUUAUAUCAGAGCCCAGAAUUAGAUUGGCUUUGGUUUUGGUAGUUACGUGGUUGUUAACCAUUGUGGGAGUCUGGGAGGUUCUGUAGAGUAAAAGCAAGAGGAGGAUCUCAGAACAACUUUGCUAAAGCCAAACAGAGUAGUACUGUGGGUCGGGGAGAAGGAAAUGAAUCAAAAGCUUUUAGUAAGAAGGUUUAUAGCAAUGUAAUUUGUAACCUAAAUGAAGAUGUUGCUCUCAGCAUCCUUCUGUAAUCCAGCAUGUGAUAGGGAUUCUUCAAGAGAGGUACUAGAUUUAUUUCCUGCUUCUGCCCAUACUUCUUUCACUGAAUAUAUUUUCCACCUCCCGUGCUUCUGGUAGGAUAGUCAAAGCAUGUCCCUGCAUCUUGCUUCCAGACAUUCCCUCUCACCCAUUGGGCCCUGCUAUCUUUCUGUAGCUCCCUACAAUUUGGGCCCUAGUACUUUCCUGGACAUCAACUUAAAAUGGGUUCUGCUGCGUUGUCCUGGUUUCCCAGCCAAAGUUAAUGCCAAGAACUGGUAGCAAAAAAACCAAGUGGCAUCAGUUUUAUGAUAAGAAAGGUAAUGGCAAAACUCUCGUGGGCUGAUUUACUCAUGCUGGUUAUUUACAGAUAACCUGCCACUUUCUUCAGACUGCUCUUUCUCCUGGAUAUGCUUUUUGUAUUCAUAUGAUGUAAUGUGGAGAGUGGAGCUCUCUGGAUUUUCAGUGGGGGUUUGGCUUGUUUAUUCUGUUUUGUUUAUGGCAUGUCUUUCCCUGUAUUUUAUGAAAUGCAUGGAACAUUUUUUAAUCUUACAUUUUCUUCAUUGUUUCAUACAAUAAAUAUUAUAAUGAAUGAC